ACCAAGAAUAAAAAAUAACUGUAUCAAAAUGAGAAAUAGUGGGUUAAUUUUGUUCAUGUGCGCGGGCCUGUUACUCAGCGGCGGCGCAAUCCUUGGCGGAUCAACGGUAUGGAGUCUGCUACGGAUGUCCUACUACUUCUGGACAUCCGAUCUGGGAGUGGAACUUGGCUCCAGCGUGCUUUUCGUGUCGGGCUCCUUACUGUGCCUACCAGCAUCCUGGCUAGCGACACUAGUUCCAUACCAUCCUAGAUCGAUAACACUUCUAGCUAUCCUGAUGAUGAUAGUGACUUCCGGAAUGAUGUUAUUAUCAAUAGGUAUGUCGUCCAUAAUGGGGCUAUCGCGAGCAUUACGUGAUACGAACGCUCUGAAUUCAAGCAUGCUGCGUGCGAUGUCAUUUGAAGCAAUGGCUGUCAAAACCGCUUUCGCGUCAAUGCAGUUAGAGCUAAAGUGUUGUGGUGUUCACUCGCCCUAUGAUUGGUAUAAAUACGGACGUACUUUUCCACCUUCGUGUUGUGGACGUGUUUGGAAUGGAAAGCAUGUCGAACAAUGCGAAAUACCGCUGUACAGCGUGGGCUGUCUGCGCCCCGCAAGAGCUGAGCUGCGUAUGUAUGCAAAUUCUCUGGCCGUGCUCGCUUGCGCAAUUAUUAUCGUUAAGGCGGUGACAUUAUUUGCAGCUGCGUACUCUCUUGUAGCAGGACUCGUUGAGAGUAACCCAGUUGAAUUUAAGCCGCCACAGCCGUUACGCAUCGCGUGUUUGACGUCGCCACCGCUUAUGUCUGGGGUUCCAUACGCGAUCCCCAAAACUGCCGGCCCGAUAUAAAUAUUACUCUGCUUCUGCGGCUUGUUCCAUAAUAAAAAUAAACGUGUCAUUAAAUUAUUUGAAAUUGAUUUUUUUAUGAUUAUUUUAAUUACA